GGGGUACACCUAAUUUGCUGUGACAGCUGUGUGUGCGGAUGUGAAACAAGUGAGGUCGGGAUGAGACGUCCUGCAAGAAUUCUUAAGAUUUAACACAAUGUUUUAUAUUUCUUAACGUACAAGUAUGCAGUGAAAAUCUCAGCUUAGGUUUCAUUUAAAUCGACUGUUUUCUCUCUGGUAGUUCCCAGCUGAGGAGAUGGAUACUCUGAUUCCUGUAAUAAACCGUCUGCAGGAGGUCUUCCUCACUGUGGGAGCUGAGAGCAUUCAGCUGCCCCAGAUUGUGGUGGUUGGAUCCCAGAGCAGUGGAAAGAGCUCUGUGCUCGAGAGCCUGGUGGGGCGGGACUUUUUGCCCCGGGGUACGGGCAUUGUCACACGUCGCCCCCUGGUGUUGCAGCUGGUGCAUGUGCCCCCACUGGAGGAGAGGCGCAGUCAGGACAACGGAAACGGGCCAAAACAAAACUCCCAAAACAACUAUCCAGGUAUCAAGGCAGAAGAAUGGGGUACCUUCCUUCACUGUAAAAACCAGAUAUUCGACGAUUUCUCAGAAAUACGCAAGGAGAUCGAGUUGGAAACUGACCGUGGCUCUGGUGAUGACAAGGGCAUCAGUCCUGAGGCCAUCUACCUGAAAAUAUAUUCCCCAAAUGUCCUCAACCUCACUCUGGUGGACCUGCCAGGAAUCACCAAGGUGCCAGUUGGGGAUCAGCCGGAGGACAUCGAGGCGCAGGUGCAGGAGAUGAUCGUGAGCUUCAUCUCCAACCCCAACUCCAUCAUUCUGUGCGUGUCGCCUGCCAACUCGGACCUCGCCACCUCGGACGCACUCAAGUUGGCGCGAGAAGUUGACACAGAUGGUCGCCGGACUCUGCUGGUGGUCAGUAAGCUGGACCUGAUGGACGCGGGCACUGAUGCGCUGGAGGUGCUUCUGGGCAGAGUCAUUCCCGUGCGGCUGGGGAUCGUGGGUGUGGUGAACAGGAGCCAACAUGACCUGAACACCAACAAGAGUAUGGCAGACUGCGCCAAGGACGAGCACGCCUUCCUGCAGCGGCACUACCCGUCGUUGGCGUCGCGGUGCGGCACACGCUACCUGGCGCGCACGCUCAGCCGCCUGCUCAUGCACCACAUCCGCGACUGCCUGCCCGAGCUGAAGAGGCGCGUGACGGUGCUCAGCUCCCAGUACCAGGCGCGCCUCAGCGACUACGGCCAGCCAGUGGAGGACCACAGCGCCACGCUGCUGCAGAUCGUCACCAAGUUCGCCUCCGACUACUGCAACACCAUCGAGGGCACGGCGCGCUACAUCCAGACCACGGAGCUCUGUGGGGGAGCACGGAUCUGCUACAUCUUCCAUGAGACGUUUGGUCGCACGCUGCAGUCCAUCGACCCCUUGGGCGGCCUGACGGACCUGGACGUCCUCACAGCCAUACGCAACGCAACGGGACCGCGUCCAGCGCUGUUUGUGCCGGAGAUUUCGUUUGAGCUGCUGGUGAAGAAACAGAUCAAGCGUCUGGAGGAGCCCAGCCUGCGCUGUGUGGAGCUGGUGCACGAGGAGAUGCAGAGGAUCAUCCAGCACUGCUCCUCUUUUAGCACACAGGAGCUUCUGCGGUUCCCUAAGCUGCACGACUCGAUCGUGGAGGUUGUGACGGGCCUGCUGAGGAAGCGUCUGCCCAUCACUAAUGAAAUGGUUCACAACCUGGUUGCUAUCGAGCUGGCGUACAUCAACACUAAGCACCCAGACUUCACAGACGCGGCACAGGUGUCGGCAUCCGUCAACAUCCAGCAGACUGAGCCACUGGAUGCAGGGAAGCGCUGGAAGAAUGAGAAGGAGGAGAAGGAGAAGGAGAAGGCUCCGGGGCAGGCCAGGGCCCCCGGCUCCGCUUUCAACAGCCCCACCAAAGCUGUCAAUCUGCUGGACACGGCGGUGCCCAUCACACGGAAGCUGACCACUCGAGAGCAGCGAGACUGUGAGGUCAUCCAGCGGCUCAUCAAGUGCUACUUCCUCAUCGUGCGCAAGAACAUCCAGGACAGUGUGCCGAAGACGGUCAUGCACUUCCUGGUGAACCACGUGAAGGAGCGACUGCAGAGUGAGCUGGUGGGGCAGCUGUACAAGCUGCCGCUGCUGGAGAACCUACUCAUUGAGUCUCACGACACCGCCCAGCAGAGGACUGAGGUCGCCCACAUGCUGGAGGCUCUCCAGAAAGCCAGCAACAUCAUCUCAGAGAUCAGAGAGACUCACCUGUGGUAGCCAAACAAACAGCCCAUCCUAGAGUAUGUGUUUACACAUGCAGAUGUGUGUGUGUGUGUUUGUGUGUGUGUAUGUAUGUGUGUCUGUGUGUGCGUGUAGUGAGCGUGUGUGUGUGUGUGUGUGUGUGUGUGUGUGUGUGUUUGUAGUGAGCCUGUGCUGUCAACACUGAACAUACAACAAUAUUUGCACAACCAGCAGCCAUGCAUAUCUAAUCAUGGGGCAUUGGUCAGUGAAAUCAGGACCCUUUGAUGUUUUUCCUUAAAAUUGAAAAUGAAUUGGGACUAACACACAUACACGCAGACACGCGCACUCAUACACACUGGUGCGCACACACACACACACACACACACACUCCAGUCAGCAGAAGCGAUGAGAGGGGUGUGGAGUGCGGAGGGAUUGAUGGAGCUAGGUGAGCCAAGGCACCCCCGUUCCACCAACAACACUUGAGUUAUAGACCAAGGGUGCAUUUAAUUCUUUCCACACAAAUGGAAAUGUUAAAGCGAAAGUAAUGACGAAAGACCCCAACACAAGGUAAUGUCACGGUUUGCCGUGCCCCAUCCGUGCCCUGAUAUAACUAACUGUCCACCAUUCUGCACAUUCACUCAGCCACAACAGAACGAACGCCUCCAAGAGUCUAUUAUCAGUCGGCUGGAUCAGCGUUAUUUCUUUUCUGUAACCGUCGGGUCAUUAGAUUGUACUUGUAAAUAUAAUCUAACGUGGUGUCAAAUAUAUUGAUAAAGUUAGUAUGAAGCAUCUGAACGUCCUGAAGAUCUAACUUCAGGUUUUAUGAGUGUGUGUGUGUGUGUGUGUGUGUGUGUGUGUGUGUGUGUGUGUGUGUGUGUUUCAUUGAUUAAAUGUCUAUUUAUGGGAGACUGGUUAAUAGAAUAUUGUACGCUAGCGGAGCGGUGUGCAGCUAUUUUGGUCUGAGCGCAUUUUCUGGAUGAGGGGAGCGUAAUGAUCAUAGUCAGUCAUCAUUAGUGCAUCUCAGCUGUUCCUCGGGGACCGACAGAGUUCAGGGGAGGGAGAUGACCAACCGUAGAAGGAGGAUCUGCCCGCAACGAGAGGAACGUCCCACGCGUACAGGUUAAUUGGUCCUGAGUGUGAAGGGCGCCAAAGAGACGGUUCAGCACAGCCCACAGCCCUUUGCUGAAGGAGUUAUGGCUAAGGCUUGCUCGUUGCCUGGUGAAGGCAUUUGGGAACAGCAGUGAGUUCAUUGAAUGGGUUAGUAGUGAUCUUAACGUAAGUUAUAGUCUUUGGAGGUGUCUGUGUUUAGGGAAACGAGGUUGCAAUCAUAUUAAAGAAAGACUUUUUCACUCUUUAACUGUGAAGUGAAAUGUGUAGUGUAGAUCCGUCACUGGGGUCUGCUUUGGGAUCUCGCUCAGCAGUCGUCAUCAUAGAUAAAGACAAAGAGUUUGGUUUGUUUUCUUCUGCACGUCGUGUUGUCUGUUUAUGUGAAGUGCAGGACUUGCUUCAGUGAUUUUUUUUGUUUUGUUGCAGUUCUGCUUGUUCUUGUGAGAGCCCCUCACUGAAUGCAUUAAGGGGAUUGGUAGUUUGGCAGGGUGCCGGUGAGUCUGUCUCUGCGUGGUGUUCCCUCUUGAGCAGACCCCUGGACCUCAGAGAACAGAAACAGGUCACCCUUUCUUCACAAGGUUGUCCCCCAUCGCUGACCUGUCCAGCUGUGUGUGUGUGUGUGUGUGUGUGUGUGUGAGUGUGUGUGAAAGAGCCAGAGAAGUAGAUUGGCUGCUAUGCAUGUUCAGCCGUAUCAUCUUCUAUUUAGAUAUCUCAAUGUGAGGUUAUAAUCUUGCCCUCAGCCUUGUCCUUCAUUCGUGAUCCCUGAGUGAGUGUGUUGCACUAAAAAAGGAAAGUGCGAGCGUUUGUAUGUGUGUGUGUGUGUGUGCGCGCACGGUUGCUUUCCGGCAAAUUGGAUACAGGGAGGCAACUCUCGUCCCACGUCUGUGACAAACAUCCUGAAUCAUGCAUUAAGCACUGCGCUUCCCCCCCCCCCCUUAAAGACCGUCCCAGAGAAGAGUCUUUGUUGAUGCGUGUGGUGUUGCUGCCGACAUUCGUUCAGGGAGGCUAUGGGGAAAUGAGACCAAAACAAAACAAAAGAAAAGCACUGAGAAGCACUGCCCUGUGUGGAGGGCAUCAAGAAGACAGUGUGCAAACAUCAUGGGACUCAAGUCUUGGAAAGUGUGCGGAUGUGUUUGUGUAUAAAUGUAUGCCACGUGUGUUUGUGCUUGAGUAGAAGUGAGAAUGUGUGGUGUGUUUUGUAUAUUUCUGAAUUAUAUUUUACAUAUAACAUUGCCUGAAAGUUCUUGCCUGCCAAUAUUAUUUUGUUUAUUUGUUUGUUUGUCAUACAUACAUGUCAGUUUAAUGUCUGCUGUAGAGAGAGAAUAAAGUCUAAUGUGAACAGCG